GGGACCUGGUACGCAAAGGCCUUUGUGGUCAACAUGCCCCUGGUACCAGACUGGAAGGGGCCCGGGAAGGUGUUCCCCGUGACCGUGACAGCCCUGGAAGAUGGGAGCUGGGAGGCCAAGACCACCCUCCUGAUUCAGGGGCGGUGCCUAGAGAAGAAAGUUACUCUGCAGAAAACCCAGGAGCCUGGCAGAUACAGCGCCUCCACAGACCACGGCAAGAAGUUCGUGUACAUAGAAGAGCUGCCCGAGAGUGACCACUGCAUCUUCUACUGUGAAAGCCAGGACCCAGGGAAGAAGUUCCGCAUGGGCAAGCUCAUGGGGAGGAGCCCCGAGGAGAACAUGGAGGCCCUGGAAGAAUUUAGGAAAUUCUCGCAGCGUAAGGGACUGUUGGCCGAGACCAUCUUCACACCUGAGCAGACGGACACCUGUGUUCCCGAGCACGACUAGGCCACCUGGGUCUGCACCCCGUGAGCCCACUCACCACUGACAAGACCUGUGCCCUGGACCACCCCUCCUGCUGGACCACCCCUCCUCCUGGACCACCCCUCCUCCUGGUCCACCCUUCCCAUGCAGCCACUGUCCCCACCCACAUCCCUCCUGUCUCUAA